UGAGAGAGAAAGAGAGAGAGAGGGAGAUGUGAGGAGGAGGGCUAUGGGAAACAAGCAUAGAGAGGGAAACAAGAACAGAAAGUGAGGACUUGUCAAGACCUCUGAGUGAGGGGGACGGGACAGAGCCGGAGCCACAUGCCAAAACAGAGCCCGCAGACGUCUGAGCAGCUGAGCGGAUUGGACGGGAGGGCGGCGCGGGCCUGCCGCUGCACAAGUACCUGUGGGGCUCACAGAAGUUCAUCCAAUAAUCGAGCAAGAUCAUAAUCAUCACAACUGGGCGAUUUCAAAGAAACCCCUCUGAUAAACAAAUGAGCUUUUGGACUUCCUUCAGUGGAAACGUUAAAGCAGGAGGCCUCUGUGAUGUCAGCAGCCGGUGUUUCUAUUUAAUAUAAACAAGCAGCUGCGUGUCAGAGAAAGAAAGAAGUACAAGACACCAACAACUGAACUGUUCGACAGUAAAACUUUACAUCAGAGGAACUUACGUCUUAAUUACUCCGGGGUCUCCCGCAGCCAAAUGAAAACAAUUUAAGGUCUUGUAAAUUUCUAAAGGAUUUAUUAAAAGUUCACGGCAGCCUCUCGGAGUCUAUUAUAAGGACCCACAGCCUCCACUCUCAGCCAUGGACGGGGGAAGCGGCAGCAUCCAGGACUUCUUCAACCAGCUCUGGAGCUUUGCCACCGACAAACACAACCAGGGGCUCUACAACACCGUGUGCCUGGCGGUGCUGCUAACUCUCCCCCUGGUCGUGCUCCUCACCGCCCUGGUGGUGUGCUGCCACUGCUGCUGCUGUCGCCAUGACAACGGCUGCUGUUGCUGCCGCUGCCGCUGCUGCUGCCACGACGCCAUGGCAACCGCGAGGUCGGAGACGAAGAAGAAAAAGAACUCGGCGAACGGCGAAGACUUGUGGAUCUCGGUGAAGACGGAGCCGACGACGCCGGAAAGGGUCGCGCUGGCUAUGGUGUAGAGGCACAGCUUUCACUCGGGUUUGCUGAUCCUGGGCCGGUUGGUGCUGAUGGAGACCGUCAAAAGUACUUUUGGGACGCUUAUCAAAUCAAUUGGAUGGACGUGUGUGGGGAUGUUGUGAUAUUGUUUACAGAACUUUCUAUGAGCUUUUUAGAGUGUGGUACUAAAACAGUGAAAUAUGCAGACAGGGGCAUACGUGUGGGGUGGGGGGGGGGGGGGGGGGGGGGGGGGGGGGUGCAGGGUGACAGAGAGAGGUGAGGCGUGUGCAGUGUGAGAGCACUUUGUUCUUAGAGCUUCUGUGUGAAACUUCUUUCAUCUGUAUUUGGGAGCUGGAGCCAAUUUCAGGGCUGCUGAUGAAAAAGCACUGAUGGUCCCAAACUCACUGCUGUGGCUUCACUUGGUUUUUGUGACACAAGGGAGAAGCACUUUCAUUUUCAGUUUUGGAGAAUUUUUUUUACAGUGGGUGCUAACAGGGCGACAAGAA